AGGCAGUAACAAGGAGGGGGCGCAUGAAGGCGGAGCUCUACAAGCACUCUACAGUGCCUUUGGAGUAGAGAAGAGGCUCAGACUUCUCAAAGUGGUGUCCGGUUGCACUGGAGUCCCACAUAGCUCAAAGACAACAGUAAAUAUGUAGCCACAGUUGGCGAUUAUUCCUUGGAAAUAUAAUAAAUAGCCUAGAGAUGAAGAUGAAGACCGUGUUCUUGUUCACGCUGGUAUGGUUCAUGACCGGACUGACAAACGGAGCCUCCUUCUAUGGCGAUGGCUUUGUGCAGCUGAGGGCGGUGGAGGCAUCCAGCCGGAACACUCUGCACGUCCGCUUCCGAACCUCCAGCAGCUCCGGGCUGCUCUUCCUGGCUGCGGGGCAGACAGAUUACCUCACGGUGGAGCUGCAUGCCGGACGCCUGCAGGUGAGGUUAGAUUUAGGUGCUGGGGAGCGAGUCUUGCUCUCAGACAAAGGCACCCAGCUCAGUGACCUAGCCUGGCACACGCUGGAGCUUCUCCACGAGCGUUACAAUGUCACCCUCACCGUGGACACGCACUCCCACGCCAGAGUGAAGAUGCCCCGGCCAGAGCAGGAACUCAGCGUCCAGGAUGGACUUUUCGUGGGAGGCUCAGGGGGUCUCGACAAACUCUACCUGCCCGGCGACUUGACCGGUUUCCGUGGCUGCCUAGAUGAAGUGAUAUUCAACGAACACAACCUCCUGUCUUCUCUGAGGCCAUAUUCUGGGAUGAAGAAUGUCUAUGAGGUCUCUCUGGGCUGCAGCCCCCAGUUUUUGGCCAGUGAGGACGAUCCUAUCAGCUUCUUCAGCUCCCGGGCGUAUGUGUCCCUCCCGCCUUGGACUGCCCAGCAGGAGUGGGUGUUUGAGUGCUCCAUACACACUUCAGCCAACGACGGGAUCAUCCUCUACAACUCAGCACGUCAGGGGGACUUUGUGGCCUUGGAAAUCCAAGAGGGCCUGUUAGUUGCGGUUGUAGGCAGGAGUGAGUCUAAAAUAGAGCUGCUCUCUCUCACUUUCAUCAAUGACAAGAAGUGGCAUUAUGUCAAGUUGUACUUUACUGCCAAGAGCCUUCAACUGACGGUGGAUGAGGAGACGGUCAAGUCCAGCAUCGCUGCCAGAUCCAAAAGCUUUCAGCUGAAGGGGCCAAUGUUUGUGGGCGGCGUUGAUGAUAGCAGACGCUCUGAGCUUAGGAAGAUUGGACUGGUGUCCGUGUCAGGCAAGCGAGUCAGAGGUGGCUCUUUCAAAGGCUGUCUAAGGGAUAUCAAAGUGAAUCAGGCCAGCAUGGGUCUGCCUCAGGCACUCGUCACCAAAGACGUCUCUGUAGGCUGUGAGCCAGAGAGAGAGCCAGAGAUGACCACAACAACAAACCCCGUGACCCUGCUGGCUUCUGUGACCCAAACUCCUCCAGUGCACAUGUCCACGCUCGCCAAAGGCUUGGUGAAGAAGUACGGCCACAACUUCCUGGUGCUCAGGGACCUGGUGGUGCCAGAGGGAGGCCGGGGUUCGCUGGAGUCCAAGCACAUCAAGGUGAACCUGGACUUCAAGAAGCUGGGCAUCCGCCAGUCGCAGAUCACGUUCCGCAUCGAGGAGCAGCCAGUGCACGGGCAGCUGAGGCUAGAUGUGGACGAGGAGCAGGAGGAGAACACCUUCGGCAUGCUGGACCUGUGGCACGGCCGCGUCAUGUACAUCCACGGGGGCGCCGAGGACCCGCAGGACUUCUUCAUGUUCUCCGUCUUCUCCAGCAGCAGGAAGGAGGUCCCUGCCUACCUGAAGGGGAAGAAGAUGCACCGCUUCAACAUCACCUUGACGCCAACAAAUGAUGCCCCUGAGCUAAGCCUACCCGAGGGCAACCUGUUCUCGCUGCUGGAGGACUCCAGGAAGCCUCUGACCACCGAGGUGCUAAGAGCCACGGACAUUGACAGCAACUACACAGACCUCGUCUACUCAGUGCUGGGGAAACUCAAUGCAGAUGCGGGGUAUCUGGAGAAUGAGGAAAACCUUGGCCAGGUGUUGACGUCAUUUCCCCACACUGCCCUGGAGGAAGGGAAGAUAAAUUAUGUGCACACCGGGGUGAAGAACUCAAGAAUUGUGCUGAGGGUCAGCGAUGGAGAGAAGGUCAGCAACACUGUGGUCCUUAGGGUUUUGGCUGUGGCUAUGGAGUAUAAAAUCGGCAACAACACAGGGGUGAAAGUCACACAGGGCGAGACGGUCCUGAUCGGCACGAGACAGUUGGCUGUCCAGACAAACGCAGUGAAGCAGACAGUGGAUAUCCGUUAUGACAUCACCGAGCAACCCCAGUUUGGGGAGCUUCAGAGGCUACAUUCGAGCGGAGAAUGGAAGCAUACCGGCUCCUUCUCACAGAGACUCCUAGAAAAGGAACGUCUCAGAUACAUCAGCACUUUUCAGGAGAUCCAGGAGGAGGAUGUUACGGAUCAGUUUAAGUGUACAGUCACCGUGGCGACGAAAGCCACGGAAGAGCUUGUGUUUCCAAUCAAAGUGAAAUGGAUCAGAUAUGACAUAGUCAGAAACGAAAUGGUGGACAUGGACAAAAUAAGAAGGGUUGUGAUUGACUCUGAGUAUCUUUAUGUUGAGGGACAAGGGGUUACUAUCCCUGAGGAGGGGCUCUAUUUUAGGAUACUGUCUCCACCAAAGAAGGGAAAGCUUUUAUUGAAUGAUGUGGUGCUGGGGGACAACUCUACCUUCAGUCAAACAAAUGUGACUGAUGGAAAAAUUGAAUAUCAGUUGGUGGAUAGGCCAUUCGAAGACACAAGUGAUACGUUCACCUUUCACGUUUUCACCAAGCACUCUCACACGGCCGGUCAUAAUUUCACUCUUGGUAUCAAGGCAGAUGUUAACAGCAUUUUCCUGAAGAAUGAAGGGCUGUCACUCCUGGAAGGGGAAAGCAAACUCAUUACGAAAGAGGAACUGUUUGCAGAGACGCUGAGCACCAAUGAGAUGUACUACACCAUCAUGAAAGGCCCAAAACAUGGAAGAGUGACGCGUAUCAACACAUCUAACUCUACCUCGGACAACAGCAACAUCGUCUCCUUCAGCAACGAGGACAUCCUUGGAGAACGUCUUAUCUACAUCCAUGAUGACAGCGAGACGACAGACGAUUACUUCACCUUCGUGGCCUCCACCAGCCUAACCCCAGAUCCUUCAUCAUCAGAGGAGGAUGACUAUGUUACCCCCAAGGAAGGAUUGUUUAACAUCUCCAUCCAGCUGGUGAAUGACGAGAAACCCGUGCGACUUGUGGACAAAGUCUUCCACGUGGUGCGCGACGGCCAGAGGCUCCUGACACUGGACGACCUCUGUUUCCACGACGCGGACUCAGACUUCAUCGACGACCAGCUGGUUUACACACGGCGGGGCAUCCCCAUGGGGGACCUGGUGAUGGCCAACGACACGUCCCGCCGCCUGCACCAGUUCCGGCAGGAGGACCUGGAGAAGAAGCACGUGCUGUUCACGCACCGCGGCGUCAGCUCGGGUCGCUUUGUGCUCUUCGUGUCCGACGGGAAGCACUACGUGUCCACGCUGCUGGACAUCAGCGCCCACGACCCCUACCUCAGGGUGGGCAACAACACGGGCCUGCUGGUGCAGAAGGGACACGAGAGGGUGUUUAACACCACAGCCUUCAGCGUACUCACCAACCUCGACAUCCGGGACGACGACGAGGUCACGUUCAUGGUCAGCGAGGCACCGAAACACGGCGGACUGUUCUGGCACGGGACCCGCGUCACAGUCUUCACACAGGCUGAGCUGAAGGAGGGGCUUGUGGCCUAUCGCCACGACAACAGUAAAAACAUGGCGGACUUCUUUGCCAUCAAGGUGAAAGCUAAGGACCUGGUUGUGGACGCUACAGUGAAAGUUAAAGUGUACCUGGAAAGCCACCAAAGGCCGCCUGUCAUCCUGAAGAAUAAACCUUUCCUGGUGGAGGAGGGAAAGCCUGUUAAGAUAGAGAAGAGCACACUUGAGGUUUCUCAUGAGGAUAACUUGCCCUCUGAGAUCAUAUUCACGGUCACAGCUGCCCCGUCCCAUGGGUACCUGCGGCGUUUCAUGGAGGACGAGGAGAGCUAUGUGGGAACGGAGGAGAACCCAGUGGAGACCUUCAGCCAGGAGGACAUCAACGACGGCAACCUCCAGUAUGUCCAUGUUGGGGAAGGGCACCUGGACGACUCCCUCACUUUGCAGGCCAGCAACGGGGUCACGGAGGUCAACAACAUCACCGUGUCCGUGGACGUCAUCCCCAGUCUCAUACCCCUGGAGGUCUCCAACUUCACCCUCAAGGAAGGGGCUUCCAAGGCUCUGACAGAGCAGGUGCUCCUGGUCACUAACAGGCACUACGAAGGCCUGAACUUUCAGUACAGUGUGAGUGAUGGGCCCCAGCACGGCCACAUCGAGCAUGGACGCUUCCCCGGGACCCAACUCACGUCUUUCACCAGGAGGGAGGUGGAGCAGGAGUUCAUCUACUACGUGCAUGAUGGCAGCGAGACCCUGGAUGACCGCUUCACUGUCACCGCCAAUGACACGGACCUGCGGAAGCACAGCGCACCACAGACACUGUUUGUUGAGGUCACGCCCGUCAAUGACCAGCUCCCUGUUGUCACAGCCAAUAGGGUCUUAAGGGUGUGGGUGGGUUCCGUGACAGAGAUCACCACCAGCGACCUGAACGCUGCCGAUGAGGACUCUCCUGCAGAAGAUCUCUUCUUCCUGGUCACGCAGCCCAGCAAUGGGCACCUGGCCCUCAAGAGCGCCCCCACCAGGCCACUGAUGAACUUCACACAGGCUCACAUCCAGCAGGGCCAGCUUCUCUUCGUCCACAAUGGUGCCAUGGCUGGAGGGUUUAACUUCCAGGUAAAUGAUGGGGUGAACUUCGCCCCCAGGCAGAUCUUCAGCAUCACCGCCCGCGCCCUGGUCAUCAGCCUGGCCAAGAAUGGACCCCUCAAGGUGUUCCCUGGCUCCACCACUGCCAUCUCCAAAGAGGAUCUGCUGGCGGUAACCAAUGAUAAAAGCGGCACACCGAACCGCACCAUAGUGUACAUGGUGACGUCCCCCCCCAGACUGGGAAAGCUGGUGGCGCUGCUGCAGGCUGACAACUCCACUGAAGACAUCUCCUCUUUCACUCAAGCAAUGGUGGAUGAGGGUGUGGUGCUAUAUGAACAGACAUCUGUAGACAGUGUUGGAUGGACGGCUCUGGACACAUUGAGUUUCACUGUGUCAUCACCUCCCACCUCUCUGGAGGCUCAGACAUUCAACAUUGACAUCUCUUACGAGAACGUCGGGCCUGGGCGUAGCUCCCUCCUCCUCAAAAACACAGGUGCUGUAGUGACUGAAGGAGAUAAAGUCGUGAUCGACAAGUCAAAGCUGGAUAGCACCAACCUCAUAACCAAACGUCCAGAGUCACAGCGUCAAUCCUACGAGGUCUGGUACCAGGUCACCACCCUUCCACAGCAUGGGUUUAUUGUCGUGGGCGAACGAAAUCUCACUAAGGAGAAGCCAAACUUCUCGCAGUUUAUCCUCAACAAGUACGGCAUAACCUACCAUCACGACAACUCCGAGAGCACCAGCGACAGAUUUGUGUUUGACGUCUUCCUCAACCUGAAGAGCAAACCAACACAGCGUCCCCUGGAUGACGAGGACGUAGUGCGGGAGUCCUUCAACGUCACAGUUAUACCAGUAAACGACCAGCCCCCUGUGCUGAAGACCAAAGCCCCUAGUCUAAGGAUUGUACAGGGUGACACAGCAGUACUGGGCCCAGGCAACCUGAACGUGGUGGACCUUGACAACCCUCCGGAGGAGAUCAGGUACACGGUGAUCAGUCAGCCCAACAACGGCUUCUUGGCCCUGGAGGGAAAGCUGAACGAGUCGGUGCCGACCUUCACCCAAGCGCAGAUCAACAGUGGGCAGCUUUACUUUGUUCAGGAUGGGUCACCCUCUUCGGGGGUGUUCUAUUUCAGUGUCACGGACGGACAACACCGUCCAGUUUACAAGCUCUUCAACCUUGAGGUGACAGAGAUCACAGUCUCGCUCAUCAAUAACACCCAUGUGCUACUGGAACAAGGUGAGACGACAGCCAUGAUUACCUCCACACACUUGGCUGCGGAGACCAACGGCAAGAACAACACCAUUCGUUAUCGAGUUACAGAACCACCACGUUACGGGAAGCUUCUCUUGGAUGACAUACUGUCAUCUUCUUUCAGCCAAGAGGAUCUACAGGCUGAGAGGCUGGUUUACCACAUGCUGGAGUUCACCUCCUCCACAGAUAGCUUUGAGUUCAUUGUCUUCACAUCCGAGGCGAACCUCACUGGCCAAGUGGUUAACAUCUCAGUGGCGCCCAGGGUUAGGUUUGCGGAGAGAAUGCAGGUCCCCAACGGCGUUCAGUUCAAACUGAAGACACGCUUCCUCAACGCCACUAAGUUGGCAGCUCUAAGCGGCAGCGAUCCGGUCUUUGAAAUCUUGACCCAUCCAAAGUGCGGAAAGGUUGUCAGAGCCACAAAGCACGGGAAGAGAGCCAAUCCGCUUCAGUCUUUUACCUCUCGCGAUCUUGAGCAAGAGAAGGUGGCCAUCGAUGUGAAGGCAAACUUGACAGGAAUCCAGGAACUGAACGAUUCUCUGGUGUUUGUCCUAAAAGCGGAAAACGUUCCCCCUGCCAGAGGAGUGCUGAUGUUCACUGUUGUGCCAUAUAGCGCAAUGCUUGUAACGACUACUGUGAGUCCCCCCCACACCACUAAGCCGAGUCUCCUCAACCAAACCUCCCUAGCAGUGGGCCCAGGUUCAGCUCUGUCCUUCUCUACCUUGGCACCGGCCAUCACUGCCACACAACACCAAUCAACCAGACUCCUCCCGAAGAAUCGGGGCCGCAACCGCUGGGGAAACCAGAACCUGACAGACUCCGCGGCUGCCUCCACCGUCCCCCGACCUCCGCUGGACAAGCCGGACGUGGCUCAGGUGAGAAACACCCCGGUGCGUGUUGAGUCGUACCCCCAGAAGAGCUCCAACCCUUUGCUGGUUAUCCUGCCCGUUUUAGCCUGCCUGCUUCUUGUGGUCAUCCUGCUGGUGCUCAUCUUCUACCUCCGCAAGAAGAAGAAGAAGCAGCAGCAGCAGCAGAAGAAGCCCCUAAAGAGGAGCGAUGUCGCCAGCCUCUCCGCCUCCCCCUGUCCCCCAAGCCCAGUGGCCCAAUCAGAAAGGAGCCCCACCAUCCCCACGGUAACCGUCACCCCGCUGAGCCCCAGUUGCCCCGGCAGCCCGCUGCUGGAAAGGCCUCAUGAGGACUCAGAAGCCUCCCUGCCCCUCUGCUCCUGGGUAGGGACGGAGGCGGAGGCAGAGGAGCUCUGCCGCACACCCAAACCCACCCUGCAGCGCAACCAGUACUGGGUAUGACCUCCAGGCACUGCCACUGUGACUACCAAACUUGUCUGGCUAGCAGCAGGUUCUCCGCGGCCCCUCUUAAUGCUGGCUGACAUGGUACAUCUUAUGGUACAAAGUAUGCUGGACUUAAUCAAUCAUCAACCAUAACCUGUGGUCAACACUGUAUUAUCCAAGCUAUGCUUCGCUGUGCAUGAUGCUCCACUCACCUGAACUAUCAUUUUUAUGCACCUUGCAAUGGCAGUUGUGAAGACUAGCUUUUCAGCUAAUACCUCCCGCUGAAGCUAAGCUACGAAAGCUACUGAACCACUGUACACUAACCAGACAUUAUACCUGUAUACCUGUGUUAGGAUAAAGGAUGAACAUUGUUCUUGUUAUGGUACUGUAUUGAGGCUAAGUAGGAAAUAGUUACAAUUUCUUUAGCUUGUAUCAAAAUCUCUAAGCAUGUGACUGUUAAAACUGAACCAAUCAAGCUGUUCCAAAACCACUGAACUCCUUGAAGAUGUAACUGGUAGUAUCUGAAACCAAGGCCAAAUGCAAUCAAAUCAAAGGCACCAGUUUCAUUUGCGUUUACAUUAGCAAUGCCCCCAGAUGGUCCGCAUCUCAUUUUCUAUGCUGCUGGCUGGCUGGAAUCGAAGAUAUUAUUUGUAUUAAACCCAGUUUUGAGUUACUACCUCCAUUACAUGAGCAGUCAGCAGGCUGAAGGGAAUAAGGGAAGGCAUAUGGAUGUUUUGUGCAGAGUGUCACGUUAUGACCACUAGGUACCCAAGGGCACCCCUCCAUUUUGAUCUGUAUUGGGAAAAUAAGGGGUUGCAUUUAUACCCUAAAUCCUGAAAAAUCAUAAGAAAUAUUGUAUUUUAACACUGAAAAUGAUAACAGUUUUAGAUGCACACUGUAUGGGAUGUUUUAUUUGUUAAUGUAUAUUUUGUUAUUCCUCUUUUUUGUAUGAAUCUCUUUUGUAAACUCAGGAAUUAAUAUAUGGGAAUAAUCCUGUGUAUAGAAACUGCAUUAUGUCGCUUUGUGUUAUUUUGUAUUAUACUGAGUCGAUGUAAGGUAGCACAGUCACUGUAAUACCCGUACUGAUCUGUGAAGGUAUGAAAUGCAUUAUUAUCACUUUAACCUCCCUUCUGUGUUCACUGUGUAAUUCCAGUCUCUACCCAGGCUGAGAGUGAAUGGGAGGUGAUAUGCCAUGUAUGUCUAUUUAUGAUGUUCCACGGAGCCCGUCCAUGCGCAUCACCAUGAUGGGUGCUGAGAUGUGCCAAGCCUUUAAGGCCUGUUUUGCCACAUUUCAUCUUCACAUAAAACACUCCUUUACUCCAUGCUGUCCCAGUGAAUGACUACUGAGUAUUAAAGACUGUAAAGAGAAUUGAUAACCACUUAUCGCUCGCUUUUGGUAUGGAGGUGUAGUUUCAUCUGCUGCGAAUCAAAUAAUGGCCUGUGUGUUGUCUGUAAGGCUUACAUAUUGUAUAUUGUCAAGUCUUCCAAAAAAGAUCUGUCUGGGGAAACAUUCACACUUGCAUACUGUUAUAGGCUUGCAUCAGUUAAUUGCCAUGCUGUCUUAUAUUUAUUUUGGUCUAUGAUUAUUAAUUAAAAAUGUACAUAUUUUAAUGAAA